AGCGCGCGAGGGCGAGGUGAGCGGACAGGUGUCUGCGAGGGAAACCUCCAGUCAGACUGCAGCAGAUACUCACAUCACGGCUCAGCUUUCGGGACAGAUUCAGGUCGUUUAAACUGAUUUUAGUGUCAGUACGAGUGUUCAGUGUUCAGUACGAAAUAAAACCCUUUUUUCCAGCGGACUCUUCGGCUUUUAGAGCUCAUCGGCGAAUACGCGCUCAGAGAGACGCGCUGCUCCACAGACCAGAUCAUGAAGGACUGAACUGUUUGAGCGCAACGUCUAAGUCCGUGUUUUGGACAGCGGCGACCAAAAGUGACCAGUAACCGUUUCUAAUGUGGAUUCUACUCGGAGUUUGGUCUUUUUUAUUCAUUACUACAGCCGAGUGGAAAACGGAAUAACGAGAAGAAAGCCAGGGAUUAACGGUUCAUUGAUUCAGACUCUGCACUUUAGCAGAACCUGAGUUAUUUUUGUUUAGUUGGGCUUUUUGGUUUUUUUUUUAUUUGUUUUUUUUGUUUGUUUUUUUUUGCUUAUUUGUCGAUGUACUUUCCUGCAGUGAACUCUAUUGACAUUUGACAUUUGAGUUAGGAUGAAAAUCCAAGCACCGAGGAUGACCUCAGUAUUCAUCUGCUCCAGGAUUCUGCUCAUGUGUCAUUUAUUGGUGUGUGUACGUGGUGGGACUUUCGUGGAGCCCUCGUCCCCGGCUGUGUUUUCUGUAGCAGAGGGUGAAACACGGCUGCCCUGUCAGUUCGAGCCGUCAGAAGAGAGUGUGUUUCAGGUCAUGUGGACAAAGGAAAAACCAGAUGGAACCAAAGAGCAGAUCAUAACUGCUCAUCAUACAGAAGGACAGUCAGAAUCUCCUGAAUAUGCAGGCCGUGUGCGAUUCGAGGGCACUAACCCCAUGGUGAACUCUGCUCUGAUUAUCAUGAAUACAGUACAGGCAGAUGAGGGAAUAUACACCUGUACCAUUAGUACCUAUCCCUCUGGAAGCUUUAAGACUGAUCUGUCUCUCACUGUGUGGACCUUACCCAUCUCCACAUUGGAUACCUUUAUUCUCGUGGAGGGUCAGUCGUUCCGGCCGGCCGCUACAUGCCGCUCCGUGGCGAAACCUCAGCCAGGUCUGUCCUGGGACACAGACCUACCGGGCCAGAGCCAGAACCGCAGUCUGGAAAAUGGAGUCUCUUACAUCCAGUUCUCCCUGCACCCCCUGCGCUACAUGAAUGGCCGCAAGAUGGAUUGCCUGGUUUGGCACCCGACUCUAAAAAGCCCACGGAGGCACAGAAGCCAGCUUGUAGUGCACUACCCACCGGAUGCAGCAAUCAAAGGUUAUGAUGAGAACUGGUAUGUGGGACGGGAGGACAUGACACUAGAGUGUGAUGGUGAAGGAAACCCAAAACCAGACAAUUUCACCUGGAUCAGGAAAGAUGGAGGUUUACCAGACGGUGUGACGACAGAGAAGGGGCUUCUGAAAUUUAACAGGCCUCUGACCCUGACAGACGCAGGAGAGUACGAAUGUGUAGCCACCAACGUGGUGGGGUCGGGACGAUCACACUUGAAGAUAACUGUAACUGAGUUACCUCAAAAACGGGCAUCAUUCGACAGCCUCCUGCUGAUCAUCAUAGGAGCCGUUGCUCUUAUGGUGGUGGUUAUUCUGGUGGCUGUGGUCCUAACAGUGAACCGACACCACAAGCGAAAAAACAAACAGCUGACCAUGGAACUGAAUGAGAAAAAGGAAGAAAUCAGCACUCUAUCCAGGCAGGCCUCAAUCAGGAGAGUAGGCUCAAUUAACACAGAAAAUAAGUACCAGAUGGAUGAAGCUCUACCGCUAAGAGUUGAAGGAACAAUACGUGCCAGCCUCAGUUCCCUGGACCACCCCCGUUCUCGAGACAGUCGCUCUACGCUGGGAGGGGCUGUGGAUACGUUGGGUCGACCGAUCAUUUACAAUGCGUCCAGACGAGGGAGGGAGCACACGAUGGAAAGAGAGAGAGAUGGAGAUUUCACUCGACUGAAAGUGGAGUCUUUUGUGAAGAACAGCAAUAUGUCAUUGGUGCAUUCGGAUAGCCACUUCCUCCCUCCACUCCAGCCUUCUCCAUACCUACAUCAUCAGACUGCUGAAGUUAUCAGGUCUCGGAACGGUAACGCCAUUUUACCAGCAGAGGGCAGACCACAGUCAGGAGGGGGCAGCAGAACAGGCAGCAGAACUGGCAGCAGAACUGGCAGCGUGGUAGGCAACAGAGAGCACCAGUCACCCCCCUUAAGCAGUUCCAUCUACCCUACGCUCACUGAUGAGGAGGAGGGUUACCUGGGGCCAGUUGGUGAAGAUUCAGGGGUCUUGAGAGUCCCAAAAGAAGUGAAUGGCCUAGACAAUGGGGGCAGUGAGACAACAAGCUCUCAGAUAUCAGAGGCAAUGUCCAAUCACUUCGAACACAGUAACGGGACGCUGUGGCCCAAGUCGAAACCCAACAACAUCCUGCUAGCACCAGAGACCACCCGGUUACUCCCUGCAGACUACGGCAUUAUCCACCACCAGCCUCAGAUAGUGUAGGAAUUCCUAACCUACAGCUCAGCAGCGUCAUUGAUCUACAAGAGGUCAGAAUGGUCGUCAUUGAUCCACAAAUGGUCAGAAUGGUCAAGAGAAAGAUAAAUGCUUUUGGAUACAGACUUUAAUGGCGGUAACUGGAAAAGCCAUUUCUUUUAAUGCUAACUGCUUCAAAUAGAGUCCAUAAUCAGGUUAUGGAUACACUAUCUCCUCACUUUUGUGCUACAAGAUAUAUAAUGUCAGCUGUAAAAAUGUAUUUUUCUAUGGUAAAAAGCUGAACUAAACAGAGCAAUACAGCUAUUUUUUCCAACUGCAUGUUUCAGAACUGUGCUCACGCCUUUUUGUGGAUAAGUAUUAUAAUGGAUGGCGACGACUCCUGUGAGAAACAUGGAAAGUCCAUGAUCAUGUGUGAAAUAAUGCCCUGUGUGACCACGAGAGAGAACUGAAUCCUCCUGUUCUUGUUUCACUACAGCAAAACUGUGGUUUUAGGAUCGAAGACCAAACCCUGGGCUUAAAAAUGUAUGUUUUUAAUGCUAAUUGUCUUCUGAAUGCAGAUAUAUCACACUGACGUUACAGUAAAAACCACACCUAUAAUACACAUUUUGAAUCAUUAUGAACAUUUUCUCAUUACUACAUGUAAAUAACAAACAGAGUAUAUGCUGACAUGAAGUAUUAUUAACUGCAUUAAGAUGUUGUGAGAAUAAGUGUUUCCUGCAUUAAGAGAUGAGCAUCAUCUUUGUUUACAGCCUGUUCAUUGCAUUUGCAUCAAGAAUGUAUGUGCCUUAAAUGCAUGUAUUAUGACUUACGGUCGUCUGAAAGUGGAACAGUCCCACCGUUAAAGCCUAUGCCCUCCUGUUAAAGUGUCUAUACCUUGAACAGGCAUUAGGUCAGGCAUUUACAAUUGUAUAUAAUGUUAGUCUGUUGGGUACAGUUUUAUUAAUCUUGUUAAUUAAGUGUCUGACAGUCUAAUUUCUACUUUUGUUUGCUCUCUGUACUGCUGGAUAGUGCUGGGAUUCUGGGAAAGGCAUGGGUGAUUGUAAGUGCAAACUAGAAAUAUAAAAUAAUUCUUUUAUCUAUGUAAAAGUGUACUGACCAGUUAUUAUCCCUCUUGCGGUUCAUGCUGCAGGGAAUCUAUUACAAAUCUACUAGAAAAAAAAAUGGGAAAGUGGAAAAAAAAAAGCUGACAGUGGGUGCAAUAAUGGUUCAUUUCAGUUUCAGAUUUUUUUUUUUUUUUGACGAAACUGUGUAUAGUUAUACCUUGGAUUAACAUCUAACAGUAUGCAUUUGAAUUUCUCAACUGCGUUUAAUUUUAAUACUUUUAUUCACAAAUCAAAUUUUGAGUUUUUCUUAUUUUAUUAUUAGUCAGGGUCCAUGAGACUACAUUUAAGAAGUAAAACCU